AUGACAAUAAUCCAAAUCGGCUUCCUGCUGUUUAUCGUCCUGGCCAUCAGAAGUUGCAGCGCUGAUGAAGAAAAUGUGGAUACUAACAAAUGGACCAAUCCUGUGCCUUCCUUUCUGUUCAGAAGCUGCAAAGAAAUCAAGCAGGAGAUGACUAGGGCACGAAAUGGCCUCUAUUUCCUCCGCACGGAGAAUGGUGUCAUCUACCAGACCUUCUGUGACAUGACCACUGCAGGUGGUGGCUGGACCCUGGUGGCCAGUGUGCAUGAGAACAACAUGCUUGGGAAGUGCACAGUGGGAGAUCGCUGGUCCAGUCAGCAAGGUAGCAGAAUCGACUACCCAGAGGGGGAUGGCAACUGGGCCAACUACAACACCUUUGGGUCUGCAGAGGGGGCCACAAGUGAUGACUACAAGAACCCUGGCUACUUCGAUAUCCAGGCUGAGAACCUGGGUAUCUGGCAUGUGCCCAACAAGAGCCCCCUGAAAAAUUGGAGGGACAACUCCCUGCUGAGGUACCGCACCUCCACUGGCUUCCUGAAGGACAUGGGUCACAAUCUGUUUGGCCUGUACCAGAAGUACCCGGUGAAAUAUGGAGGAGGAAGUUGUGGAACUGACAAUGGCCCAGCAAUACCUGUGGUCUAUGACUUUGGUGAUGCUCAGAAGACAGCCACUUAUUACUCCCCCAAUGGCCAGAAAGAAUUCAUUGCAGGAUACAUCCAAUUCCGAGUGUUUAAUAAUGAGAGAGCAGCCAAUGCCUUGUGUCCUGGGAUGAAGGUCACUGGAUGUAACACUGAGCAUCACUGCAUUGGUGGAGGAGGAUUCUUCCCAGAAGGUAACCCUGUGCAAUGUGGCGACUUCUCUGCAUUUGAUUGGAAUGGAUAUGGAACUCACGUUGGGUACAGCAAUAGCCGGGAGAUAACUGAAGCAGCCGUGCUUCUGUUCUAUCGAUGA